UUCUCCCGUGUCUGCGUGGGUUUACUCCGAGUGCUCCGGAUUCCUCCCACAGUCCAAAGACAUGCAAGUUUCUCUCUUCCCGGUGUGUGCAGCGUUACAUCUAAAUCUACAGUAACCAUGGCCUCCUUAUCUAUGGCCCCAGUGAACAUCUUUAGACAUGGAGCAGAUGAGGAGAAAGCAGAGACUGCUCGACUGUCCUCCUUUAUUGGUGCCAUUGCCAUUGGAGAUCUGGUGAAAAGUACACUGGGACCAAAAGGAAUGGACAAAAUCCUUCUCGGUGGUGGCAGGGAGGGGUCUGUUACAGUUACCAACGAUGGUGCGACCAUUCUGAAAGCCAUUGGAGUGGACAACCCAGCUGCCAAAGUGCUGGUUGAUAUGUCCAAGGUCCAGGAUGAUGAGGUUGGAGAUGGCACUACUUCUGUUACCGUAUUGGCAGCAGAACUGCUAAGGGAAGCAGAAUUAUUAAUAGCCAAGAAGAUCCAUCCUCAGAUCAUCAUCUCUGGCUGGAGAAAGGCCACCCAGGCUGCUCGUGAGGCCCUGAAGGAAGCUGCAGUGGACCAUGGUAAUGAUGAGGUGAAAUUUCAGGAGGAUCUGUUAAACAUUGCCCGCACCACUCUGUCAUCCAAACUGCUCACACACCAUAAAGACCACUUCUCCAAGUUGGCUGUGCAGGCAGUGCUUAGACUGAAGGGCUCUGGCAAUCUGGAGGCCAUCCACGUCAUCAAGAAGCUGGGUGCCAGCCUUACAGACUCUUACCUGGAUGAAGGCUUCCUUCUUGACAAGAAGAUUGGUGUCAAUCAGCCGAAGAGAAUAGAAAAUGCAAAAAUGCUCAUUGCCAACACCGGCAUGGACACAGACAAGAUCAAGAUCUUUGGUUCCAGAGUACGUGUGGAUUCCACAGCGAAGGUGGCUGAGAUUGAAUUGGCUGAGAAGGAGAAGAUGAAGGAGAAAGUUGAGCGCAUCCUUAAACACGGCAUCAACUGCUUUAUCAACAGGCAGCUGAUCUAUAACUACCCUGAGCAGCUCUUUGCUGCAGCAGGUGUGAUGGCUAUCGAGCACGCCGACUUUGCAGGAGUGGAGCGACUAGCACUAGUCACAGGUGGUGAGAUUGCAUCCACCUUUGACCACCCAGAGCUGGUGAAGCUGGGCCACUGUAAGCUCAUUGAAGAGGUGAUGAUUGGAGAAGACACUCUCAUCCAUUUCUCUGGCGUGGACAUGGGUGAGGCCUGCACUAUUGUUCUGCGUGGAGCCACUCAGCAGAUUCUGGACGAAGCCGAGCGUUCACUUCAUGAUGCACUGUGUGUUCUGGCUCAGACUAUUAAAGAGACUCGCACAGUGUACGGUGGAGGUUGCUCAGAGAUGUUGAUGGCUAAAGUAGUGACAGACUUGGCCAACAGAACACCAGGCAAAGAAGCCGUAGCAAUGGAGUCCUUCGCUAAAGCACUGCGAAUGCUUCCUACCAUUAUUGCAGACAAUGCAGGUUAUGACAGUGCAGACCUUGUGUCUCAGCUGAGAGCAGCUCACCAGGACAGCAAGACCACUUUUGGCCUGGACAUGACUCAUGGGACGAUCGGUGACAUGGCUAAGCUGGGCAUCACAGAAAGCUUCCAGGUGAAGAGGCAGGUGCUCCUGAGUGCUGCUGAGGCUGCUGAGAUGAUCCUACGUGUUGAUAACAUCAUUAAAGCAGCACCAAGGAAAAGAGUACCAGAUCACCACCCAUGUUAAAACUUCAUUAGAAGAACAGCGGGAGUGAUAUUGGGGAACAGCAUGUAUUUAUUACCUGAUACAUCCUCUGUUUAUUUCCUGUGCACUGUUAGCACUGCGGAGGCUUUCUGUGCAUCCUGCCACUAUUCAACAACACGGCACCAUGGCAUUUUUGUUUACUCCAUAAUAAAACUUUAGAAAGUG